AAUACUUGUUUAAUCAUGCGAAGAAUCGACGAGGCAGAGUGUGUGAAGAAUCUAAUGGGUAGCAGCAAUGGCAGAGGAGAAGAAGAGCUAAGCAAAAUGGCUGAACUUAGCAAAACCCUAAAAGAAGGAGAAAGAAUAUUGGCUCCCACUCGUAGACCUGACGGUACCCUUCGAAAACCCAUUCGAAUUCGAGCUGGUUAUGUUCCUCAAGACGAAGUCGCCAUCUAUCAGUCCAAAGGUGCUUUGUUGAAAAAGGAAUUGAUGGCAUUGCAGGAGGUGCCUCCUGGUUAUGAUCCAGUUAUUGAUUCAAAAUCGAAGACUAAGUCCAUUAAAAGAAAUGAAAGAAAGAAAGAGAAGCGGUUACAGGCUGCUCUUGAAAAGGGUAAGAAAUUGGAAGCCACAGAAGAUGGGGAGAAAAAUAAGGAAGAAGUGAAGCUUGCUGAAAACAUAAGUCAUGGAUUGGAAUAUGUCAAAUCAUUGACAUCUCAGAUGAAUGAAUUAUGUGUUUCCGCAAAUGCGGUUUUAGGGAUCCCUCCUUCAGACACAAAGGAUCCAUUGGAUACAGUAACUCCAAGCCAAGAUAUUGAUAAAAGAAUUCGGACCCUUAAAAAGAAGAUCCGACUUGCCGAAGCUCAACAACAGAAGACUGGACAGCGGGAAAUGAAACCGGAGCAGCUAGAGAAGUUGUCGAAAGUUGAAGGUUGGAAGGAGGAGCUGAAGCAUUUGGAGGAUAAAAAGGGUGAGGUGGUGGCAUCAUGAUUAUAGUUUGUGUUAUUUAAAACUGUGUAGCUUUGGUUUAUAGUUUGCUUGAUGAUGUGAACUCUGGAUUGUGUGAAUUGAUGUUUCAUCUAUCAAGAUUUUGAUUUACUGA